AUGAAACCCUCCCGGAUCUCACUUUCCAUGUCAGCAAUUGGACCCAGAUCAUUUGGACUGGCCCGUGCUCCGGCUCUUAUAUCCCCGUCAUCGCUACUUCUGCGAUCGCUUGCUAUACCCAGAAAGACCCCUCAAUUACAAUUACCCCAGUCCUUCUCGACUUCUUCAAAGUACCCGGCGGCCGGCCUCGGAGCGCUUUUUGGCUCGCGGCCCCGCAGACCACGAAACCCAUAUUCUUCUCCAUCAAAUGCUGCAUUCCCCUUUUCUGUUUUUAACAACCUGCCCACCCCAGUUCAGUCCAUCUUGCCAAUCGCUGGUAUUGCUGGUUUGCUGUUUCUUGUUGCUGCCCCGCUGCUUCUUAUAAUUCUCCCCCCAGUCUUCCUCGCAAGUUAUAUCUACGUCCGACGAUUGCGUUCUAAACGUCAAGAUCUUUUUGAGAAAAGAUGGUCUGAUAUGGCAUCUUACCAUAUGGUGACGCAGACUGAGCGUGCUGCUCUUAACGAACAAGAAGCCCUCAAAAAAUUGGUCAUGCGCCGAGUCGUCCAAGCCAUUCAAGACAAUGAACAUGGUAUUGCCAAAAAACUUGGCUUCAAGGUUUCUACUGAUGAAGCUAAUGAGGGCAAGGUAAGCGAUCGUGAACUUUUCAAUCGCUCUCACCUAGCACUUACUGAUAUCCACUCCAUUGAGGAAGAUUGGCGAGUGUCGCCCCAAGGAAUUGCUCAAAACAUGACUGUAUACGCCCUGGGUCUUGUUGACAAGAAUAGAGAUAAUUUGCCCGUUGCAGACAUCAACAUUGUUGUCCGCACACGCACACCGAAAAAUGCCUUGGGAGCACCUGCCCGUGGUAAUAGAACUCAAGACGUGCGUAUCGAGCUAGUUUCAUCAAUUGGCGGGGUUGCCAAAAAACUUUUUGUACUGGACGGCGGUUCUUCAAACAGUGGUAACGGCGGGUCUUUUUCAGGCGGAUCAAGCGAUGAAGUUAUCGACGUCAAGGCAAGAAACGUUAGAGAAAAUUAA